AUGGGGCUACCCGAGGAUUCUGAACUGCGAGAGUCGUUGAUGAGGAGGCCUCUCGAGGAUAUAAGGCAGCUCAUGGGGCGUAUAGAGGAAUACAAACGCCUAGAGGUCGAUCGGCUACAAAGUAAGGGCAAGGCCUCGAUAGGGAAUCGUCCUCGGCAGAGCGGGUUUCAGCCAAGGCCUCGAAAGGAUUUAAGGAUACAAGAGCCAGAGCUGCAAUUGGGAGAGGUGAACGUGACGUUUAAAGCGCCGAUACACAGAAUCGUAGACCGGAUAAAAAAUGAGCCGUACUUCAAAUUUCCGAACAAGAUGGGGGGUGACCCAUCCCGUAGGAAUCAGAAUUUGUACUGUACCUAUCACAGGGAUAAGGGGCAUAUCAUCGAGCAACGCCAGGAGUUUGUGGCGGAUACAGGGAAUAAGGAUGCCGAGCAAGGUACUCAGCAAAGAGGGAACCCUCUUCCGCCCCCAUUAGGAGUGAUCGAGGUUAUCCAUGCUGCCCCAAGGGGUACUGCAAUGGCCGGGAGGAGAGGAGUGUUGAUCGUAGUGCCUGUGGAAAAUAGUUCGGGCAAGCAACCACCCGAGAAGAAGCUAAAACUUGUUCGGGAGCCCAUCACUUUUAAUGAUGAUGAUUUAGAAGGAACGAUUCAACCGCACGAUGAUGCGUUGGUGGUGAUAGCCUGGAUAAAGGGUUUCAUAGUAAAGAGGGUAAUGGUGGACCAAGGAAGUGGGGCUGAUCUGAUGUAUUCGGAUCUGUUCAGAGGGCUCAGACUGAAAAAGGAGGACCUCUUAAAAUACGAUACACCCCUAGUCGGGUUUGAUGGUCAGGUGGUGAUUCUCGAGGGGUAA